AUGAACCCAAAACCAAAGAAUAUUUAUAAAUGUUCUGGUUGUUCACGGGAGCUGAUUACACCUGAAAAGCUUGAGUGCGCUAAGUGCGAUCUGGUGUAUCAUUAUUAUGAAUGCGUAAAUUUAGGCAAAAAGCGUUUUUUAGAACUCUCAAAGCAGCAAAAAACUUCAUGGAUUUGUCCUGCAUGUCAAAGUAAACCACCUAGGGGUGAUAAUUCAGAUACCCCUGUACGAGGACUGCCUACUAGUGGUGAGGAGAACAGUGAUAAGUCCAAUGUUACUAUUCGUCGUGUCAUACCUUCAGCGUCCACUGUUUCAGCCUUACCCUCUACUGUGUUUACCCUCGAGAGUAUAAGGCAUUUAAUUCAGGAGGCUUCAGACGACCUGCUGGCAAAGUUGGAAAAGAGACUUACAGUUCUUAUGGAAACGAAGACCAAAGAGAUAUUUGAAGAAAUAAGUGGGCUGAAAAAUUCCUUAAAUUAUAUGAGUCAAGAACAGGAUGAUUUAAAAAAAGAGCUCAAAAUUAGAUGUGAAGAAAUCAAGGAACUCUCACGUGAAAACAUGCAAAUGAGGGUGAAGCUGACCGAUUUCAACAGUCGUAUAAAUGUCAUGGAACAAUAUUCUAGAACGAGUAAUGUGGAAAUUCAGUGCGUACCCGAAUACAAAACUGAAAAUUUAGAAAACAUCGUAGUUCAGUUAGGUGCUGUCACUGGUAGUGAGAUCUAA